GCGAAUUGGUUUACUGGAGACUGGGGCCUCCUAAGAGCUACAAUACUGCAAUAAUAAGGAUAAGGAGUGAGCAAGAAAGGAGGACCAACUACAGAAAGCGGUGAACACAAGGAUUUCUACCUUGGAGGAGGAGGAUUUGAGUUUCUAACCAACUUUUUGCGGACCUCCACCAUGCAGAGACCCAGUGGCCAAGGGACAGCUUUUUCCAUUGACUCUUUAAUUGGGACUCCCCAGCCCCGGUCAGGUCACUUGCUAUACACAGGCUACCCGAUGUUUAUGCCUUACCGACCGCUUGUCAUUCCUCAAGCCCUGUCUCAUUCUCAUCUACAGUCUAGCAUCCCUCCGUUGGCACCCCUGGCUUCAUUUGCCGGGCGCCUUACCAACACUUUCUGUACCAGUUUAGGGCAAGGGGUACCAUCCAUGGUGGCCCUCACCACGACUCUGCCCAGUUUUUCUGACCACCCAGAUAGUUUCUACCCAUCCCAGGAGCUUCCCGGACCCCGGCUAACAGCUGACUUGACCGGCAGGAGACAAAAGAGCCCAGAUUCGGAUGAACUAUCUGCACGAGACAAGGCUUCAGAACUUCUCAACUUCUCGGAAACUUUUCAAACUAUAACAGGUGAUACCAAAUUGUACAGCUCAGAUGAGGAGAAAUUGGACGUGAAAUCAACAGAGACUCCCUGUAGUGACAGAGAGGACAGUUCUGCUGACAGCGAGAACGAAAGCUUCUCGGACGGAAAUAACUGCACUUCUUUAUCCCAGAAGAACAAAAUUAAGUCUGGGUCUCAGGAGCCACUACCUUUGGGGAACUCCACCGGGAAAAGCAGAAGGCGUCGGACAGCAUUCACUAGUGAGCAGUUGCUUGAGUUAGAGAAGGAGUUCCACUGCAAGAAAUACCUCUCCCUCACCGAGCGCUCUCAGAUCGCACAUGCACUCAAACUAAGCGAGGUCCAGGUCAAGAUCUGGUUCCAGAACCGCCGGGCCAAAUGGAAACGGAUUAAAGCUGGUAAUGUCAACAAUAGAACAGGGGAACCUGUCAGGAAUCCCAAAAUUGUAGUCCCUAUCCCAGUCCAUGUGAACAGGUUUGCAGUACGGAGCCAACACCAACAGAUAGAUGGGAGCACCAGGCCUUAAAAGUUAUAUUGGACAAAAAAAAACUUGUAUUCUAAACAACAGUCUAUACUACAAUUCAUUUUGAACAGGGAGUUGAACGACAGUAACAUUACAACACACCACCAGACUCCAAAACAACGAAAGCUAACAAAGGUGAUUGAAGUAAUGAGCAUUGAGGGGCUUUUUAAACAGCAUUGUUAAAGUAUCACCUAUGGCUAUUGUUAACUCAUAAUCAGAGAACAUAGAGAAUUAACAUUUUGUAAACAUGCAAGUUUUGUUGGAAACUAGGAGGCAUUUCAACUUGUAGGUUGGACAUCCUUGUUAUAGGCUACUAUACAUCAAAACACAUUGGUGUUUUAUUCACAUAUACCUUACAGCUCUGAAACAAAAGUGUGGUGCCAGCCUCUUCUGGACUCUUAACCCUGCUACAGUAGCCUCAGUUACAGUAUUUAAUGAAAUUUGUCAUACAGAAUAGCAAGAGUAUAUUUGCUAUACAGAAAGGAAGGGAGCCAACCCAAGAGAAUCGAAAAGUCUGGAAAGUAAAACAUCAGUCAGCUUAACACAUUAUGGCACUGAACUUAAAAAAAAAAAAAAAAAAAAAAAAAAAAAGCACACAAACUGAAUUAAUUUCCUAAUUUAAAUAAUAACCUUGUUUUACCUAAAUAUUCUUUGGGGAUAUGUAAAUGUUUACCUAUUUAUUUUUUUGUAAAAUAUGUAAAUUCUCAAUAGUGUCAGGACAUGACACAUAUGUGCACUAAGAAAUGAGACUGUAUACAGUUCUUUUUUAAAUCAUAGUAUUUAUAUGUUGAAAUGUGGCAAAACACCAAUUAUCAUUUUAUUUCUGUUCUGAAAUGUUUUGUGUAUAAAUUGGGUGAAUUUGGAGCAUGCUUGCUUAAUUGUAAAAGCUUUUUUUCUUUUCUACCCCUGUCCUUUUAUUUUAUUUUUUUACUGUUGUGCAAUUUAUAGUUCUGUGAAUUUGUUCUUAUUAUUUACAUAGUUAGCAUGUGGAGCAAAUGUCUUCGUUCACAUUUCCAGUACAGUUUAGAAAGAGUAUUCUGCAGUUGUAUGUGAAAUCAAAUUGUUAAAAAAAAAUAAAUAAAAAAAAUAAUUAUUUCA